CAAGUCCUGUAAAAACUUUUGUUUUCCAAACACUCUCACUCUAGUCAUUCAUUAUGCAAUUGUCCAAGAUUGUGCUCGCUUCCGUCCUUGCUUCCCUCGCCACCGCAGCCGACGAGAUCGUCAACCAGAUCGGCGACGGCCAGGUCCAGGUCCAGAGUGAAUCCGCUGCUGCCACCACUGCCACUACCCCGGCCACUACCUCGUCUGCUGCCGAGACCCCAGCCACCUCGUCUGCUGCCGAGACUCCAGCUACCUCGUCUGCAGCUGCCACCUCGGCCUCCACCGAGCAGGACACCACAGUCACCUCCCUGGCCACAGAAACCCUCACCACGUGUGAAGAGAGCUCUGCAGCUGCUCAGUCCACUCCAGUCGGUACAAGCUCCGAGGCAGACCAGACCCUGUACGUCCAGACCACCCAAACUACCACCAUUGAGGGCACUCAGACCGUUGUCACAACCUACUGUCCAUACACCACUACCCCAGCUGCCACCUCUGCCACCUCUGCCACCACCGCUAUCUCGUCCUCUGCUCCAGCAGCAAGCACUUCCAAAGAUUCCUGGAACACCAUCUACACCUCCUCUUCUUCUUCCGAGGACAUCACCUACGUGGACGAGACCACCACGCCAACUUCUACCGUGACAAACAACCACUACUCGACUACCAACGAGUACGUCACCACCACGUCCACCUAUGCUGGUGCCUCGUCCAAGGCUGCUGUUGCCUCGUCUUCUUCCCUGAGCUCGAACGGCACCUCCUCGAUCGAAAGCUUCGAGGCUGGCGGUGCCAAGCUGAUGGUCAGCUCCGGAGCCAUUGGCAUGGCUGCCCUGGCAUUACUUUUCUAAACUUAUGACACUGUAUUGAAUAAAA